AUGGCUGGACCUUUAUUCCUUAAAGACAAGAAGAGCUGGGUUCUGAUUUUUACUUGUGCAGUGUACAGAGCAGUUCAUUUCGAGCUUGUUACUGCUGCAUCGACUGAUGUUUUUUUAAUGGCCUUUAGGAGAUUUGUUUCUCGCAGAGGAAGAUGCACAACAAUAUACUGCGAUAAUGGCUCCAAUUUUGUUGGAGCAGCCAACUAUUUAAAACAACUGGAUUGGAACCGCAUCCAAAAAUAUGGAGCAAUAAACUCUAUUGGCUGGAAGUUUAAUCCUCCAACUGCUGCCUGGUGGGGCGGAUGGUGGGAGAGAUUAAUUAGAAUUUUAAAAGAUCUUUUGAAGAAAGUGUUAGGACAGGCACGUCUCAAUUAUGAGGAGAUGAUAACGGUUUUGGCAGACUGCGAGCGUGUAAUCAACUCAAGACCUCUAACUUACAUUUGCGAAGAGGAAGCUAUAAAACCAAUUUCUCCAUCGAUGUUCAUACAAGAUGUGCAUGAAUGCAAUCUUCCUGAUAUAGAUGCUGUAGAGCAAAAUUCUGUGAGCAAUAGAUUCAAAUACAGACAAGCAGUGCUUAAAGACUUAAGAAAUCGCUUCAGAUCUGAGUAUUUGGGUCAAGUUCUGUUCAUAUGCAAGAAAUCUGGCUAUAUUUAG